UAGAAAACUACAGGAUCCUGCCGGGUUUGCCGUUAACCAACAGGAAGCUAAAAUGUUGGCAGCCCUUUCUGUGUUGUUAUUAUUGCUUUGUGAUCCUGUUAGUAGCGUUUUUCAGAAACUUUACUGCACAUUAUCAGAGAGCUGCGACUGUGACUUUAAACCAAACACUAGAGAUCUGGAGUGGGACCUUUACAAGAAUGUUUAUGGACAGCAUCUGGCCCAGGACAUUGUGUCAGAGGAAGUGGCAAAAUUCCUUAAGAAUAAAAGCCCAGACCGGCCAUUGGUGCUGUCCUUCCAUGGCUCUUCUGGAACAGGAAAGACGCUGGUCAGCUCCAUGCUGGGAAAUCAUCUGUACGGCUCAGCUAUGAGCAGCUCGUAUGUGCACCAGUUUGUGCCGACGCUGCAUUUUCCCUUACCUGAAGUGGUGGAUAAGUACAGGGAAGAAUUGAAGAGCUGGGUGCAGGGAAACCUGACAGAGUGCGCCCGAUCUGUGUUCAUUUUUGAUGAGAUGGAAAAGAUGUCUCCGGGUGUCAUCGACAUCCUGGAGCCCUUUCUGGGUCCCUCGCACGUUGUAUUUCGUACAAACUACCGCAAGGCGAUCUACAUCUUCAUUAGUACUGUAGGGGAAGAGGUGAUAAAUAAACUGGCCCUAGAACAUCGGCAGGCUGGCCGGGACAGAGAGGAGAUCAGGUGGACUGACCUGCAAGAAGCCAUCGCAAUGACAGUUUAUAACAACAGCACAAGUGGCUUCUUCCAGUCCAGCAUCAUCAAACAGAAGCUCAUCACACGCUUUGUUCCCUUCUUGCCAUUGACUCGUAGCCACGUGGAGCACUGUGCCCGCUCACAGCUGUGCCAGCGCGGUCACUGUGACCGCACUGACGUAGUAGAAGCAGUAGGGGGUGACAUGUUGUACACUCCUGUGGAAGGACAGUAUUUCUCCACGACUGGCUGUAAGGCUGUCCCUGCCAAAAUCAGCCUUUUCCUGUGACACAAGAUGAGAACUCUGAGGACUGAAAGGGAGCAUAUCCCAGCCGAGGUACCUCACUGAAAGGGAUUAUCACUUUGAGCCUGUUCGGACCUGUUUGGCUGAUGAACAGUUUUUUUUUUUUUUCACAUCUACGUGAGAACAACACCUCUGGAGCAGGAACACGCCUCCUGUUCUUUUAAACAGUAACCCUGCAGAUGAACGCGUGAUUGCUGCACCCGGUGGUGCACAUCCAGCUGUGUGCACAGGAGAGGUUCUUCCCUGAAUGUCGCACAGUGUUUGAGCCCAGCUACAAACCAAACAUUCCACCAAAUGCAACUCCAAUUCUGGCCUCAGAUUUCAUGGACUGAAUGUUUUUUUUUGUUGUUGUUGUUGUUGUUUUUAUGUUACUUGUUUUAAAAUUGUCACCAUGUUCCUGCUCCAACAUUCAUGCAAUUCCAUGUUGACAAAGUGUGCAGCUGGUGGUUUGUUGUUUUCUUCAUCCUUUAACUGUUUAGCAGGAAAUAAGCUGUUUCAGAUUCUCCGAUACAAAGUUUUCCUUUCAGUAACUACACUAAAAAGAUAAAUACAAUAUUUAUUUUUGUUUGACUUGUUUGAACCAGAAUGUCUCAAACACAUCAGUUAAUUUUAGCGAAAUUUGGUUCAUUUUUGUCUUGAGUCAGGGUUGAUUAGAUUCUGAGCCAGGUGUUAAUUCAGCAUCACCUCAUAUUUGUUUUUUUUACAUCGCUUCCCAUUAAUUUCUCUUAUUUGCACUUUGGGAAAGCAGCGUCCUAGCCUGCAUUUCAAAUAAAUACAU